CGCCGCGGAACGUCACGCAACGCCCGGCAGUGGGCGGGACUCUGUUGCUGGAGUAACCAGAGGAUGGUGUAGAUCUGCACGUAUUCCUGACUAACCCUUACGAGUUUGUUGCGAUCCAGAAACUAUGAGUCACAGUGAGAGAUUUGCUUUCAUUACAGAGUGGUUUGAUCCCAGUGCUUCACUUUUUCGUCGUUAUGAACUUCUCUUUUACCCAGGGGAUGGAUCUGUUGAAAUGCAUGAUGUAAAGAAUCGUCGCACCUUCUUAAAGCGGACCAAAUAUGAUGAUCUGCGCUUAGAAGAUUUAUUUAUUGGCAACAAAGUGAAUGUCUUUUCUCGGCAGCUGGUGUUGGUUGACUAUGGGGAUCAAUAUACAGCUCGCCAACUGGGCAGUAGAAAAGAAAAAACAUUAGCCCUGAUAAAACCAGAUGCAAUAUCAAAAGCUGGAGAAAUAAUUGAUAUAAUAAACAAAAAUGGAUUUACUAUAACUAAACUCAAAAUGGUGACGCUUUCAAGAAAAGAAGCGACAGAUUUUCAUGUGGACCAUCAGUCAAGACCCUUUUAUAAUGAACUGAUCCAGUUUAUUACAAGUGGGCCUGUUCUUGCCAUGGAGAUUCUAAGAGAUGAUGCAAUAUGUGAGUGGAAAAGACUGCUUGGCCCUGCAAACUCUGGGGUGGCACGCACAGAUGCCCCUGAAAGCAUCAGAGCCCUCUUUGGCACAGAUGGCAUAAGAAAUGCAGCUCAUGGCCCUGACUCUUUUGCUUCUGCUGCCAGGGAAAUGGAGUUGUUUUUUCCUUCAAAUGGAGGUUGUGGACCAGCGAACACUGCUAAAUUCACCAAUUCUACCUGUUGCAUUAUUAAGCCUCAUGCUAUCAGUGAAGGAUUGUUGGGAAAGAUCCUGAUGGCUAUUCGGGAUGCAUGUUUUGAAAUUUCAGCCAUGCAGAUGUUCAAUAUGGAUCGGGUUAAUGUUGAAGAAUUCUAUGAAGUUUAUAAAGGAGUAGUAACUGAGUAUAAUGACAUGGUGACAGAAAUGUAUUCUGGCCCUUGUGUAGCAAUAGAGGUUCAACAGAAUAACCCUUCAAAGACAUUCCGGGAAUUCUGUGGACCUGCUGAUCCUGAAAUUGCCCGGCAUUUACGCCCUGAAACCCUCCGAGCCAUCUUUGGUAAAACUAAGAUCCAGAAUGCUGUUCACUGUACGGAUCUGCCUGAGGACGGCCUCUUAGAAGUUCAAUACUUCUUCAAGAUCUUGGACAGUUAACAGUAUAGAGAAGGUAGAGAAGACAGAAGGGCAUUCUGACAAGAGUGAUCACACGCAUGAGGAAUGUGUUCAUUCUUUUAUUGUCCAUUGUUUUAACCUGACUGAUACAAGAUCAACAAGAGCACUGUACUCCUGGCAAUUAUUACAUGUUAGAACAUGGAUUUGCACUGUAGACAACAUUUAACACCAGUCUAUGGGGUACUGCAUUGCUUUUUAUAAAGUUCAAAAUAAAGAUUUAUUUUCAAACAA